CAGGUGUUUGUUUGUUGCCUAGCAAAGAGUGUAAUGUGUACACGCAAUGUGUAUGUACAUAUCGCUCGCAUUCCAGCGAUUUUCUCAAAAUUUUGGUCUAUCUCACCAAUUCAUAAGUGAAAAUAAAGUUAUAUGUACCACAGAAUAAAUCUUGGAAAUGGCAUAUUAUAAUAGAGAUCGUUUCGAGGAUGGUCUCCCAAGAUUAUCCGGAGGAGGAGGAGGAAGAGCAGCGGAUUUGCGACUUUUAGACGAUGAAAUUCAACGACUUGUCCACAAUCGCUCUGCUCCCCCAUCUGGGUCGCCUAACGCUUCGGCGUAUGCAAGCCCGAUGCAGUCGAGAAAACUGGUGCAAGAUCUACAUGAACAAGUCAAAUUGUACAAAACAGAAGCAGAAAAGAAAGAUAAACUCAUACAAGAAUUAUCCAGAGGGGAUAUCUUGGCACACAGGAAACAUGUUGCAUUUGAAGACAAGUCCAGCCGUAUGUACUCUGAUGCGGUACUGUCUUCUAAACUCUCACAACUCAAGAUGCAAGCGGAAUCGGCACCCAAGAGAGAUCUGGCUCUCCUGCAUCUCAAAAAUGAACAACUCGAAACUGAGCUUGCCGAAGCCCAGGCCAAAGUUGCUGCUCGUGAGCUCCAGCUGAAAGAAGUCAACUCCCAGCUAGAGCACCAGCAAUCCGAUGCGGCCCAGCACCUCUCCAUCAUCCAGUCCCUGCGAGAUCGCAUCGGGGAGCUCAACAACCAGAGCGGGGUACUAGAGGGCGCGCACGCCAGGGGCGAGUACACCAUCGAGGCGCUCCAGAAGGAGUCCGGUGUCCAGGCGGAGCGGAUCCUGGAACUGGAGUCCAGGAUCAGAGACCUGACCACAGAGAGGGAGGACUCGGAACAGAAGGCCCAGACGUUGCAGAGGAAGUUUGAUGAGGUGUUCCUGCAGCUUCGAGGAGCCAUGAAGCUGGAGAGUUCCUCUCCUGAGAAGAUGCUAGAUAAGGUGAAUGACCUGGCCCAGGAGAACAUCAUGCUCCGAGGGAGGUUGUCCUCUCUCACUGAAGCCCUCAACAGCAGCGAGCUGGAGUCCAAGGCAAGUCGAGAAACCAUCCAAAGACUGGUUGGAGAGAUUGAAAGAGAACAGAAGACCUACGUCGAGAAGGCUACCUCAGUGGAGAAACUGAAAAUGGAACGUGACAUUGCUUUCCGAGAUCGCAGCCACCUCGAGGCGGAGAACCGUUCUCUCCGGGAGCGCCUCGACGCCAGCCAGGGCAUGUGGGCCAAUCGGCAGAAGGAGCUGGAAGAGAGGGAGGUGAGGGUGGCCAACCUCAGCAAGGAGUUCAAGACCAUCGAGUUUGAUUCUCAGGUGGCUAAGACGGAGCUGAAGUCUUUCAAGGAGUCCCUAGCUCUUCUGCUUUCCGAAGGUACCUCCAACUGCCAGCCACAUGAUGACGUCAUCAAGGAGAGAAUCAAAGCUCUUCAGGUUGCUUCCAGGGAGAACAACGUGCAUGUUGAUGCAAUGGAAAGCAAGGUGAAACAGCUCUCCGAUCAGCUUGAAAGUCAAGCCAACCUUCACCAGGCGGCCAUCCGACGCGCCAGGGAGGCGGAGGGCUACUAUGAGGACUACAAGGAAAGGAUCCGGACUCUGGAAGGCGGUCUGGCCUCGAGUGAUGCUCUGAGAGACAGCCUCAGAGGAGAGAGGCAGAAAUACAUGGCAUUCCUGGAGAAGCUCGCCAAUGUCAUGAACAUGGAUAGUGUCUGUAAGGACGUAGGCUUCGACAUGAAUGGCGAGGCUCUCCUCGCUCGAGCUGAGCAACUGGCAACUAGAGAGGGCGGUGUCCUUGCGGACAAGAAUACGCACGUGUAUGCACUCCAACGAAAGGUCAAGACCUUGAAGCAGCAGCUGGAGAGCAAAGACCUCCACCUGGAUCUGAUGAGGAAGAAGGUAGCCAACCUGGAGGAAGGGGUGAUGGGACGAUCCAAUCUCCAGAAGGACAAGGACGAGAUGGAAUGGAGCUAUAAGAAGCUCGGCAAGGAGAACGACAGGCUCCGCGCCGAGCUCGCUCGGGCCAAGAAGAUCGUGGUGGAACUCAAGGCAGAGAUGAUGGAUGUCAGCAACAUUAAGCUCUCUUCAAUGCACCAGAAUGCCACCAUAGAAGAACUGCAGAAGGUUGUAGAGAAGCUGGAGAAGAUCAAGGAGAAACAGGCCCGCAAGCUGGCCGGGAUGAAGCAGGAACUGGACUUCACGGAGCACGAGGCCAACGAGACCAAAGCCCGCUCCGAGCAAUCAAUGGGUUCUAUGUCGGAGGAGCUCCACACCACCAAGAUACUGCUGGCAGAUCUCCAACGGCGAGAGCAGCAGCUGACCGACUUCCGACAGGUCAUCGGCAGGAUGCUGGGCAUGGACGUGGGUGUCCUGGCCGUACCGGACUACGAGAUCAUCGCCAGGCUGGAGAAGGUUAUCCAGGCUCACCAUUCGCACGCCAUCACUAGCCUCGGGGUGGAGAAUACCCUGACAGAGAUGGAGAGGGGGUUCAAACAGGGCUACCAAGAAGCAUCAGCCCUCCUUGGAAACACCAGGAUGAACAGGUCAGGAACGCGGUCUCUGUCACCAACCAGAAAGAAGGUUGUCCGUACAGAAGUCUACUAAAAUUUCAAUUACCUCAUUAGUAAAAAAAAAACCUUGAUUGUAAAAUGUAUUUAUGCUCCUGGACAUUGAGAAAAUAUUUGAUAUUUUUCUUCCUUUUCUGGGAAAUAAAAAUGAAUCAUCAAUGGGUUCUCCUUUGUUGUGAACAAAAAAAAAUGAGGUGCCCAAACUUGAACAAAUCUAUCUUUGAUUGAGAAUAUAUAUGUUUUCAUAAGUUAUGCUUUGUGUCACAACCCAAAUGCAAGAAUAACUUUAUCAAUGUACUGUUCUUAUAACAGUAAAUAUUAUUCAGGGGAUUAAGGAUGGGAUAUGGGGUGGGGGCUGGACUGGGACUCUAAAAAUGAAAUUACUUUUGAGAUGUUUUAGGUCGUUUAUCUAAAAGGAAGAUUGUUUAUGGCUGAAUGUUAGUUGUUUGUACACAGUGAACUUUGUAGAUAUAUUGUACAAAAUGUACAGAUUGUACAUGUUGUGUUCAAUUUAAUUCAGUAUAACAUCAUGCAAGAGUUGAAUGAAAUGAUUGUGAAAACAUUUUCUUUGUACAAAGCUUCAGAGAGGGGAAUAAUGAUGAACCAGAAAACCGUUCAUAUUGUAUCAUGUAUUGUUUUGUACCAUCUGAUCAUUGAUUUGUACUCAUAAUAUGUCGGGUUUUUGAAUAAAUUGAACUUGAACUAGGGUACGUAUUUAUACUGAAAUGCCUAUUUAUGAUCGAGAAUUACACCUGUACCGGUUUAUAUUUUCUUUAGUAUGGUUAGGACAUUUAACUUUUUAUUGCAUGACAAUCAUGUUCAAAUUUCAUAUGUAAUUCUUUUUCUUGAGAGUUAGCAAAGUACAAAGUAUAGCUAUUACAGAAGGUAUGAGGGAAGAAAUGUUUCUUCAUUGUCUUCACUCUCGUACCUUGAGAGGGGUGGGGAAGGGGAUUCCAUCCAUAUAAAAUUAUGUUUUGUCAAAUUGGGAUACCUUUAAUUUUUUUGUAUAUGGGUAUUGCUUUGAAAUACAUAUUUGAUUUGUGCCAAAUAUUUUAUAUUAUUUUUUUUUAAUGCUAAUUUUUGUAAGAAAUUUCCAUUAUUUUGACUGGCAGUCAGAUAUGUCUUUCUCUCUUAAUUACAUUAAAAAUCUAUUGUUUUUUUUUAACCUGGUUGUUAGGUUGUGAAAACAUCUGAUUCAAGGAAAGGAUAAUGAGCAUUUAAUGUAGAUUUAAAAAGCACUUUGACAUAGGUACUGAUUGGUAAUGCGUCAAAAGGGGAAGGAAUUCGAAAAAUGAUCAUAUUUAUAAGGGUUGGGAUGGGUUAUAUUGUGUACAAUAUACAUGUGUACUGUAUGUGAAGGAUAAAUGUUAUUUUCAGUUUCAAUUUUAUGCUUGUUUCUUUUCAAUUGUGAUAUGUUUGUGUUAUUACCAAAGAAUCAUGAUGCGCGCAUGUUCCUUGUUUGUAAAACAGACUAGGAUUUGUGCAGUAGCAUGAUGACUAUAGUCCUAUGAUAACAGUACUUUGUGAAGUAGUUGUUUCAUAAUACCCCCCCCCCCCCAUUUUGGCUUUCCAUACACUGAUCAUCAUGUAGUAACUACCAGUACAUUAUUUCAUAUGCUACAGUCAUGCGAACGAACUGACUUCAAACCAACUGUUGAUAUACUUUAAAUAGUGUAACAGAGGCACGGUUUGAUAAGUCCCAGUGAUCAUGAAUCUUGUCAUUUGACAAGAUGUGGCUCUACUUUUGCCACUCUCCACCCAGGUGUAGAUGGGGUUCCAUGAAAUGCUGUUAGUUCCAUAUUUUAGAGCCAUGCUAAGUAGGGGAUAUUAAUAGAUCACCUUGAGCAAUUUGUCCAGUGGAUGAAUGCACAAUAUGAAUCAUCAUCAUCAUAUCACUUACUGUAUAUUAGACGGGUCAAUAGACCAGUUUGUAGUUACUUCAUGGACAAUUUUGGUCAAAUGACCUUUCAUUUCUUUCAUUAUGAUAGGCAGAUUUCAAAGCAAGAUAUUAUGUAAGCAUGCCUUACAUAGCAGGAUGAAGAAAUUAAAUGGCUGUGUAUCCAUAACCACUUACAACAAAAUUUCUGCAUAAAAUACCCUUAGGUCAGCCUUGGGUGCAAAAGAAGUGAAUUACCAUCAUAGUGGCAUGUAUCAAUCAACAUCUUCAUCUUAUUUUUUCAACUUUCCUUUUCUGUACCACCUUGCAACUACAUAUACCAUGUGAGCCGCCUUGCUACUUCCUGUGUUUUCCUAGAUGUACAUUACAUUCUUUGACCUGAGAUCGUCAUAGCGAUCAUACCAUAUUUCAGGAAGUUUACUACUUCCGUCAUUUUCUUUAACUAUAGUAUUGAGCCAGUAUCAUCAUACCAUAUUUCAGGAAGUGUAGUACUUCUGUCUUUUCCUCUUAAUAUUUACCGAAAUUCAUUAUACCAUAUUUUAGGGAGAGUACUUUUUUCUAAAUAUGUUUUUCAGACACCUUGAGAUAAUGUUACUUAUUGUAAAAACAUUUUUUAUUGCUUGUAUUUGCUGAUUACCUGUGGAUUGAAUUAACAUGGACCUGUUUCACAGAACUUGAUGUCAAUGGCACAGUACAGGUUAAGUACAGUGUCAUUUGAUUGGUGAAAACGUUUAGUGAACCUGGGUCCAGAUAUAUUUACCACAGUGAUAAUGAUUGAGUAUUUAAGGAUUCUCAGGGAAAAUGCUGCUGUAAUCGAUUCAGACUAAUGAUUUUUUUUCAUUUUUCCUCCUGGUUUGUGUCUUUUCUUAUCUUUAAUAUUUCACUUUGUAAUCCUCUGUAAGUUGAUACCACACUGACAAGAUAGCACCCCAAUAAGAAGUUAAUAAAAAAACUUUAUUGAAAUUAUUCAGAUUUUGUACAGACAUUGCAUAUAUAUCCUUAAAAUUAUGUACAAAAAUAUUUUGUUCUCUUAUGAAAUAAUAUUUGUUAUAAUGUGCAUUUAAAAAAUGUUUUCAUUGGUUUUCGGCUACUGUAUAAGUAAGUGAAUAUGUUUGAUUUGUGUUUCUUCUUUUCAGUCAAAAAGCAUGUAAAUUAAUUCGAGUUGAAACCCCACUCCUAUGCUAUUCCUAUUGAUCCAAAUUAUUUGUAUUAGUAUGUGCAUGCAUAUUUGACCCAUUGUGCUGUUCAUAUCCUUUGUACAUUUGUAAGUAGAGAAAUGCAUUUUUGAAAUGAUUUUAAUGUAUUUAAGAUAUACACUAACAUUCGUGCAAUGAAAUAUUCCUGAAUUCAUUCAUGUUUAUAUCUGUGUAUUCAUGUAGGACAUAGUGAUGUACGCGUACAUGUAUGCAAAUUUGUAUAGUGCUCUAUGCAUAGAUUAAAGAGAAAUAUAACAAAGAA